CACUCUCAAGCGUGGUUUCCUCCUACCUUCGAGCAGUGCAUGUGUUAAGGGCCUUUAGUCCCAGAUAUCGAUAUCUGAGUUACAUUGAACUCUGGUUUUUAUAUUCUGGUUCCCCCUGUCCUGCUAUCUCUCAAGCAAGUGAUGAGCCUCUCAGACAAUAACCACCCUCCGUUCAAGCCGCAAACAGCUGAUGCGAAAACCCUAGUCGGCGCGAGGAUGGAGAUUCCGAUACAUUGUCGUGUACCAUGGGCCUAGUUCAAGCCUUACUCUCCGUGUUUAUCGACGACGGAGACAAGUUACGUUCCAUCAACUCCGGCGAACUGAGAAUUACUUUCCUCUUGCGAUCACCACUCUACUAUGUUUGUGCAUCGACUUGGGGAGAACCAGAGUCUGUAACACGUACGCACCUCGAGUAUCUACACCUACAAAUCCUUAGCAUCGUCACUGCUGCGCAGCUCAGACGCAUAUUUGAACGCCGCACGAACUUUGAUCUGAGACGCCUCCUGAAUGGCGCAGAACCUUUUCUGUUCUCGCUGCUCAGCCGGUUAGAAUUGGACCUUGCUAUGUCUACAUCGUCACUGCACUGUCUACAACUCGAUCCGAAUCUACGCUCGCGAGUAGCUGAUGCCCUAGUACCCAUAACAAAGAUGAAGGAUACUUUGUAUAUCAUCCUCAUCGCCGGCGGUCGCGUUGUCACCCUCGUACGACCCAGGAAACACUCGAUACAUCCUGCAGACAUUCACGUCCUCGUCAAUACUGCACAUGCUCCGUCGAUCUAUAAUUCACCAGCGUCGGCUUCUUGGAUCCCCGUCUGUCUCCCCAAGUACGACCCAGCGACCUUCGUAAAUGCGUAUAUCUCGUUUUUAUGGAAACCCGAGGACAACAGCAUAGAAACAUCGUCAAAUGCCGAGUCUCGAGAAUCAUCCUCAUCCUCUCGUAGAGAAGACGGUCGCCACCCACCUAACCUUUCUUCAGAUGCAGCAAUAUGUCUAAUGUGUAUCAGCGGUGGCGGAGAAUUCGAGACUGUCCGGAGUUGGUGCGAUUCCGUUGCUCAGAAAUUGCAAAGCCAGGGCACACUGAAAGCAAUCACGGAUGCAAUGGAGUCCAGGAAGACACAUUACUCUGUUUCCCAGCUUGCGAUCCCAGGAUUACGACAUUUUGUCUAUAAAUCUCGACCAGAUGUCCAAAUUACUUUUCCAGCAUUCGAGGAUCCCUACGACAGUCGCGAUGAAGUACGAAGGAUCAUCGCAAUGUACCAAACGGUGUACGAUGCCCUCCAUGCGAAAUCUGGUCAAUCUGGACCCCUCAAGUUGCAGUGCAUUCGUACAGAAAAAGAAAUUGUAAUGGGAUGGAUUACACAACCCUUCGAACUUUACAUCGUCCUAUCGCCAAGGCUACCGAAAACAGCGGUAAUUAACGCGGCGAACGCCGUGACUCGAUGGGUAAAGAAGGAGGAGAGAAACUUACUCUUAAGAGAUGCGCCUGUAUUUUAAUCGUACAUAUAGUGGGGCGGGUGUUUAGGAGGUUCAUACAAAUGCCCGCCAUCUCGUGCUUUUCAUACGAC